AUAAGGAAAGGUGUUUUUUCAUUUAUUGCUUAAUAAAAAUACGUAAACAAUACAUUUGAAAUAUUUUCGAUUGGAGAAACAGUAAAAGUGUUUGUGUGUUAUUCGAGAUUGGUAAAGUGCAACUUUUUAGUUAGAAAUCUAUUGUUCUAAGCUUCAAAGUCUUCAAGUAUUAAAUAUCACUAAGGAAUUUCAAGGGGUGUUAGUCAAUGUAAGUAUCAGUAGGGGGUCCAGGAUGGGGGGCGGGACCAUUGCCGUGGGUGAGCGCAGCGGCUUCCUGCAGGACGACAGAACCUCGCACACCAGACAGACCCCUCGACAAAUGAACGGGGGGUUGCUGUUGGUGACGUCACUGGCGGCGGGGGCGACAGCGGGCGCAGUCGCCAAGACCGUCAUAGCACCCCUCGACCGCGCCAAGAUCAGGUUCCAAACAAGUGACAUCCCCUACUCUACCCGAGCGGCUGUCCAGUUCCUUGUCAGCAGUGCGAGGACGGAAGGUGUCAUAGCGCUGUGGCGGGGGAACAGUGCCACCAUGGCGAGGAUAGUGCCUUACGCGGCCAUACAGUUCGCCGCGCACGAACAGUGGAAGAAAGUGUUCGGGGUUGACACCCCCCAGGCUGCCAAGUUAGUACAUAUUAAAGUCGCAAGAGAAGAAGGAAUAAGAACCUUGUAUAGGGGUUAUCCGGCCACCAUUCUGGGUGUGAUACCGUACGCUGGAGUGUCAUUCUUUACUUACGACCUGCUCAAGAGGUGGUAUACAGAGUACUUCGGCAGUCCAGCGGUGGGUUUAACGAAUAUUCUACUGGGCGGGUGCGCUGGCGCGCUGGCGCAGACUGCCUCCUACCCGCUGGACAUAGUGCGCCGGCGCAUGCAGACAGCGCGCCGCAACCAGGACGCCACCUACCCCUGCCCUAAUAUGUCGCAAACCCUUCAACACAUAUACAGGGUGGAGGGGUGGCGCGGGUUCUUUAAAGGUCUGAGUAUGAACUGGGUGAAGGGCCCCAUAGCCGUGGGGGUCUCCUUCGCCACUUACGACUUCACUAAAACACUUCUACGAAACCUCGCUCCUAAUGUACAAAGUUCCUGAAACUCAAUACAAAAUACUGGAUAAACUAAUUGGACGCAAGUCUUUUGGACGCCGUCUGUACUUAAAAUGGACGCCAAUAGAUUUGAUGGACUUCUAAUGGACGCGGUUUGACUAGAAGUUGAUGAAAUUUGGAAUGGACGCGGUUGAAAAAUGGACGCCGAAUUUUGAAAUUAACAUUGCCUGUAAAUGGACGCGGUUGAAUAUAUGGAUACAGUUGAAAAAUAGACGCCGAAUUUUAAAACUAAUAUUGCCUGUAAAUGGACGCGGUUGGAUAUAUGGAUACGGUUAAAAAAUGGACGCCGAAUUUUAAAAUUGAUAUUGCCUGUGAAUGGACGCGGUUGGAUAUAUGGAUACGGUUGAAAAAUGGACGCCGAAUUUUAAUUUUAUAUUGCCUCUGAAUGGACGCGGUAUUUUAGGAUUUGUCUUCAAAAGUUUCUUUUAAGUGGACGCGGUUUGCCUAGAAGUGAAUAUAAUUUACUUAAAAUGGACGCGGUUGGAAAUGGAUACGAUUGUAAAAAUAGACGCCGAAUAACAAAUUUUGCCUUUAAAUGGACGCGGUUUUAAUGGGUUUGCCUUCAAAGAGGUUUUCUUUAAGUGGACGCAGUUUUAUUAAAGGUGUGUUUUUGACUUUUUAAAGUUUUUGCAGAAUUGUAGUUUUGUUAUAGCUUGUAAUGCUUUUGUAUGAUUUUUUAUGUAAAGUUUAAAAAUCAAUUUAAGAUUUUUUUAAAGGAAUUUGUUAUUUAUUUGAGAGUUUAUGUGGUUUUUCUUAUUCUCAGUGUAGUUUUAGGAAUAAGCUUGCCUUGUAUAGUUUUUAUAAAUUAAGUUUUUGGCUUCAAUGAAGUUUUAUAUAGGGUGUACCAAAAAAUGUGUUUUUUUAUGUAUUAAAAGUUACAGCUUCUGUGAUAUUGUUGGAAAAAUAAAAAAAAUAUAGGUGAUAUGAGUGCAAUUUACAGUCUUAAGAUAAUGGAAUAAGGUAUGGAAUGGCAUAAAUUUUAUUUAAGAUGUUUUUAAAUUUUUUUCACUUGUAAAGUGCUUGGUUUUGGAAUUUGCGCAAUUUUUUUAAAUCGAAAUUAAAACUGUUUUUAUAUCGUUAUUAAACAAGCGGGUAUUUGAAUUCGCUAAAAUAGCGAAAAUAUAUAAAGACAAAUGCAAUUACGUUUUACCUUUGAUGGUGGAGGGGACGCACAGAAAGAGAACUCCCCUUCCUAAGUGUCUCCACUAUCAAAUUUUUAGAAAGCACUACUCAUUUUUUCAAUUUUUAUCUGGUUUUCCGAUAUGAAAAACUAAAUAAAUACCUCUACAUAUGCUUAUUUGUAACAGUUUUUACUGAACAAACUUUUUGGUUAAAAUUAUUCAUGUCUUGGUAAAUUUUUACUGUUUUCGUAUGCCAGUAAAUUAUUUGUCUACAAAAAAUUUUAUAAGCAACACACACAAAAAAAACAUA